AUGCCAUUCCACUCCUCCUCAGUCCAAGACCGUAUAAUGGACACUCGAGCUUCCAUCUCCUUUUUCCCCUUCACAACCUCAACAUCUCGUCUGCCGCCCGGCACAGCACCUUCUCAUCUCCCACCCAAGCACUCCAACCUCGCAAACGCGACGAAGACUAGAUGGUCUCAACACUGGCUAUCAAACACGUACCCUUCUGUUUGGUCAAAAUCUAAAUCACGAAGAGAUUUGGAUCCUCCAAAAGCAAGAACUGUAUCAGUAGACGAAGGCCUGUUGUCUCAAGUGGUGGAGUUGGAGAUGGAGGAGCAAGAGAGGGGUAAGUGGACAGGACGGAGAGAUGAGAGUUACACAGAAAGCAAGAGGGAGAAGAAGAGGAGGAUGAGGCAGAUACUCGAGGUUGGGGCGUUAUUUGGGGUAGGCACGUUGCUGGUUGGGCUGGUGGUUAUUUGUGUCAGUGCGGGAGGGAUGAUGAGGAGUGCUGCGGCGAUGGAGGAUGGAAGGUGCGAAAGGGCGGAAGAGCUUAUGAAUAUAGGAAUAUUCAAUUGCAGCCUACAUCUAAGCCGCGCAGAAGCGCAAUGGGAAAGUGAUGCAUGGAGCAGUAGCGUUGUGGCUACUAGGCCGAAUUCGGAAGCCAAAACGCAAUCACUCAACUCAACUCAACUGAAAGCUCUCUGUAAUGCCAUUGGUGGGCGUAAAAACCAGAAAGCAAGUCCCAAUCGAGAUUAG